AUGCCUUUGUUUCAUUCAUUCGAAAGAUAUAACAGCAUAAAGUUGAUAAUAUAUGUAGCAUUUCCACUUUUAAUUUUUAUAUUUUUUUUUAAUUACAAAAUUGAAGAUUCUUUCAAUAAAUAUUCUCCAUUUAGAAUAGAAAUCUUAUAUUCAAGUAAAUAUAAAAAUAAAGAAAAGGAAGAACAUUUUCCAAUAAAAGAUAUAGAUUUUGUUAAAUUUCGUAAACUGAUAUUAAAAAAAUACGAAAAAUAUUCAGAGGAUUUUUUUUUUUCUACUAAUAAAAGUGAAAGUAGUAGCAAUUCAAAGAAGUUAUCAAAUUUCCAGAAAUAUAAUUUAAAAAAUUUGAAUUAUGAAAAAAUUUUUGAAGAAAUAAUUAAUUUCAUUGAGAAAGAUAAACAUAAAAAUGAUGAUAGUUUUAUUACAUACAGAAAUUUUAAUCCUAAUAAUAUAAAAAAGGAAAUUAUUAAAAAAAAAGAUAAAAUAAUAUACAAAAAGAAUAAUGUUAAUAAUUUAAAUAAAAAAAAUUAUUCCAAAAAUAUGAUAAAUGUAUCUAAAAAAAAUAAAAUUUUAGACAAUAAUAAUUUUGAUACGUAUGAUAAAAAAAAUUAUAAAACGAAUUCUGUGUGGAAUAUUAUUGAAAAAAGAGCACUGGAAUUAGAUAAAUAUUAUAAUUUACUUACAGAAAAUAUUUUCAAUUUAAAAGAAAUACCUAAAAUUAUGUAUAAAAUAACACUUUAUUUGAUUAAUAACAAUAAAAAUGGAAAUAAUAAGAAAUUAAAAAUAUUUAGUAAAAACAAAAGAGAGUACAAUAAUACUUGUAAAAAAAGGGCAGAAACAAAAUCCUAUAAAAAAGGUAAGAAUUUAAUAUUAUUAGGAAAUACUUUUUGUAAAAUAUAUUUAAAUAAAAAUCAUGUAGUUAAUGAUUUGGUUAAAUAUGAAAUUUUAAAAAGAAUAAAAAAAAAAAACAAUGAAUCUAGUAAGAACUUAGAAAAAAACAUUGAACGUAAACAUUUUAUUCCUAUUUUUAAAAAAUACAGAAACGUAAAAAGCUGUUUUCGUAAUGAUUAUAGAAAAAUUAAUAAAGAAGAAAAAUUAAAAAAUCAUUAUCAAAAUAUCUCUUCUAAAAAUAGAAAAAAUUCUGAAAAUUUAAAAGAUGAAUACGAAGAUGAAAACAUAACAAAGGAUGAUAUAAGUAAUGUUAAAAAAAUUAUAUCAAAAAUAAAACUCAAUAUAAUAGAAGGAUCUAAUACCAGUUUAAAUUUAUUAAAUAAUAAAAGUUUUCAAAUAGAUAUUAUAUAUGAUAUAAGAAAUAACUCAAUGAUAUUAUUAAUAUUGUAUAAUAAACUAAGAAACAAUGAUUCCUCUUCUAAUAUGUAUAAAAGUGAAUUACAUAUAUAUUAUAGGUCUUUAAACGAAUUUGUUGAAAAUAUAAUUUCUAAUUCUAAUAUAAAAAAUAAAAUAGAACAAAAUUAUAAAAAGAAGUUUACUAAUAGUAGGAAUAUUAUAUUCAAUAAUGAAAUAACCGAAUUAAAAAGAAAAAUUAGUACACAUUAUCAUGAAGAUAUAUUAAAAGUAAAAAAUGAUCUAGAAAAAUUAAGAAAAUAUCACAAAAUUUAUUUUAAUGAACAUAAAAAAAAAACUGGAUUAAAAAAAAAUAAUAAUUUUAAUAUAAAUAAUAAAAGGAAAUAUAUAGAAAAAAUAAAUGAAACUGGAAAUGCUGACAACAUAAAAAGUACUUUAAAAAAUAAUGAAAUUCAAGAAAAAAAUAAUUAUUAUGAAAGAAUAUUCAGAAAUUAUAUUAAAAAUAACAAGGAUAUACAUUUUUUCUUAAAAGAUAAUAUCAGUGAUAAGAAAAGUAUAAUAAAUUAUUUAUGUAAUAAUAAUAAAAAUAACGAUUUUUAUAAUUUUUCAAAUUAUAUUUCUAAUUAUUGUGAAUCAAACGUAUGCAAUAAUCCUUUUUAUAAAAAUAAUUCACAUAUACAGAAAAAAUUUUCAAAAAAAGAAAUAUGCAAAAUGUUAAUAUAUACAUAUUAUGAUAUUGUUUAUAUUGAUAAAAAUAUUAAAUUAUAUGAAUUUUUAAAUGAUAAAAAAAAACUUUUCUAUAAAACUUAUAAUCUCUUGGAAAAUAAAGAAACGAAUAAUAGAAAUAAGAAAUUAAAAAGUAUAGCAUUUUUACCAUUUUAUAUUUUAAAAUAUUUAUGUAACAUUUUUAGUAUAUCUUACGAGAUAUAUUUAUUUAUAUUUAAUGAUAUAUUUCAAUGUUAUCUUUUGUUUAUCAAAUAUAGUUUUUAUUAUUUUUUUGAUAAAAAAAGUUUUUUAUCUAUGUUUAAUGAUUUAGAAAACUUCCAUCCAAGUAUUGCAUUUAAUAUUAUUAGAAGGUUUAGAUUUAUUUACUUUUUAAAUGAAAGAAAUAGUCAAACUGAAAAUUUUAUUAAAAAAAAGAGGGAAUUUUUUUCUUACAUGAAGAAUUAUUUAUAUUAUGAUAAAAAUGAAAUUUUUAAUCAAAAAGAACUUUCUGAUAAGACAAUAUUUUUUGACGAAAACAAUUUUUCCUAUGAGGGUUUAUGCAAUAAGAAGAAUGAAUACCAUUUAUUUUCUUACACAACAAUUUUAUGUAAAAUAGUUUUCAUUAUACGUUACAUAAUAAUUUACUUAAUAGUUUCUUAUAAUACCUUAAUAAAUAUUAUGAAGAAAACAAUAAAUAAUAUUAUGAUCAUAUUUAGUUAUAUAUUAUUUUGCGAGAAAAAUAAACAUAUAUAUAAAAAUAAUCUAUUGUUUAAUUUUUUAGAAUACCAAAUAGUAAAUUCAUAUGAAGAAAAGGUCAGUCCUAUUAAAUAUAUUAAAAGUAAUAACAUUUAUUCUCUAUUUUUUUUAUAUUAUUUAUUAAUGUAUAAGAAUAUAAAUUACUAUUAUAAUGAUUCACAUAUGUAUUCAGAUUAUUUUACCAUUUUAUUCAAAUAUUUAAAAAAAGAAAAAAAUAAAAAUGAAGAAAUAAAGAAAAACAAAGAAGAUUGUGAAUUGGAUGAUUUUUUUUUAAAAAAGAACAACAAUUGUAAAAAAAAAAUAAAUAUAUAUGAAAAAAAUAAUAAUUCCAGUAAAAAGAAUCAUGUUAAAUAUAUAAAUCAUUUUAUAAAUUCAAAUGGAUGGAAACAUGUAACUACAAUCAUUUUAAAUUCCCUAUCAUCCCAUAUUGUAGUAAACAAAGAAAAUUUCGAUUUUAUUAUUAAAUACAAGACAUAUAUAAAUGAAAAAAUAGUAAACAGACUAAUAUAUUUCCCAUUAAUGAAUACAAAUAAACUGGAGUUAUUUAAUAAUAAAAUAAUUUCUAUAGAUGAAAAUAAAAUUGUUGUAAAAUAUAAGGAAAAUUAUAAACCAGUACAUAAAUAUAUAUUAAAUAUAUAUAAGAAAAUGAUAAAAGAUAGAGAAGAAUUAAAAAAAAAAUUAGAUAACAAUAACAAAAAGAAAAAUGUAAAAAAUUAUUAUUAUAAUACUAAUAAAGUUUUAUAUUUCUAUUAUAAUAAAAAAAAAUUAUUAAAAAAGGAAAACUACAUUAAUAAAAUAAAUAAUUAUAUCAAUUUGAAAAAAAAUAAAAAAAGUAAUUCUCUUCAUUUUUCCAAUAGAAUAAAAUCAGUAGAAAGAAAAAACACCUUGUUGAAUAUGUUAAAUACGUUUUUCUUUAAUAAAAUGAAAUGUCUUAAAAACAAAAAUAUAUUAAAAAGAAAUAAUUCUUAUUAUAUUGAACUGAUAAAAAAGAAAAAAAGUAUCUAUAAUUUUGAUGAAUAUUUAUUUUACUUUUUUUUUUACUUUUCUAAAAAAUAUUAUGUUUCAAUGAAUAAAAAAAAACAUAAUUUUAUAAAAGUGAAUGAAAAUAAUAUUAUAUCUUCAAUAAAAAAUCAAAUGGAAAUAAUUAAGUAUAUUUAUUUUUGCAUUUUUACAGAUUUAAGAGAUUAUAAAGAGAAAUUAAAUAUUCUAAAAACUAUAAAAUAUAUUUCUACAGCAAAAAACAUGAUACAUUAUAUAGAAGAAAAUAAAAGUAUAUUAUCUGAGAGUAAAUAUAUAUUAACACAUCCUUUUAUUAAUAUUUUUAUUGAAUUUAUUAUAAAUGCACUUAAAGAAUUAGGUGAUUUAUUAUCAUUUGAUUGGGAAAAAAGAAGAAAUUUGGAAAAUUAUAUAAUAUAUAUGAAUCUUAUUGAUUUAAAAAUAGAACAAUUAUAUCUCUAUAGACAAAAUUUAUAUAAUUUAAAAAUACAUGAAAUUAAACAAAUAAAUUUUCAUAAAUUUAUUCUUAAUUAUAAAAAAAGAAAAAAUAAAAUGAAAAAGAAAAAUCAUGAAAGGGAAAAAUACAUUGAAAAAGAUGAUACUCUAGAUAGAGAUAAUUUAAAAAGUUAUCAAAAGAAGAAUCAUAUACAAUACAAAAAGAAUAAGAAAGGAUAUGAUAUGCAAAAUAAAAUUAUUUUUUAUGAAAAAGAGCAUGUGGUUAUGCUAGAUUACUUAAAUUUUUCUUUUUUUUCUAAUAAUAAUUAUGAAAUUAAUAAUGAAUUAUUUAAAAAUAUGUAUGCGGUAUUUAUAAAUAAGCAAAAAGAAAAUGCAGUAUAUAAAUUUUACCUAGAAAAUAAAAAUAGUUACAUAAUAAGAAAUAUAGAAAAUUAUAAGGAUAUGAUACUAAAUUAUGAAGAAAUACUAAAAGAAAAAAUGAAAAAUUUAUAUCGUUUUAAAGCUAAUUUAUUGAGAACUAUAGAUCUUUUUCUUAUAAAAAAGAAGCAAAUAAACAAAUAUAAAAAAUAUGAGAAGAAUUUAAAAAUUUUAAAAAAAGAAAUAUUUCUUAUAGAUUCUCUAAAUGAAUUAAAUAAUAACGAAAGAGUUUUAUUCAAAAAUUAUUUAAAAGAAAAUUUAUUUUAUGUAUAUGAAUUUCCUUAUAUUAGUGAAAUAUCAUUAUUGAAAUUAACAAACAAGCGAAUAUAUUUUGGUAAUAAAAAUGAUAAUAAAUAUAUUUGUUAUGGAUCAGUAGAAUUAUCAAAAUUGACUUCAAAUUAUGAAAAAUAUAAAUAUAUGAACAAGAAAAUUCCUCAGUUGCCAAUAGAAAUAUCAAUUCCAAAUUAUAAUGCUAAUAAAAGAAAACGAAAUAAAAAUUUAAAAUUUUUUUUAAUAAAAGAAGUAGAUAAUAAUAAUGAGGGAGAACAAAUUAUAACUAUAUCUAUGUGUAAAUAUAAUAAUAUUUUAAGAUAUUAUUUCAACAUUUAUAAUAUAUAUAAUAUAAUUAAUUUGACUAAUUAUAAAAUAGAUUUCUUAAUAUCACAAUUUCAGAAAAGGAUAUAUAAUGAAGCUAGUAAGAAGGGAAUUCAACAAAAAGGAAAAUGGAAUUAUAAUAUUUAUAAACUUCAAAAAAACAAUAAUAAGAAUGAAAAUUAUUUAGUUUUUUACAAAAAUAAGCUUUCUGAAAAAAGAAUGAAUUAUUUAUUGAAACUCAGAUGUAUUCAAAAAUUUGCUUUACCAGCUAAUAUAUUAAAAUAUUCUAUAAACUUGUAUGAUGUUAUAUCAAAUAUAAAUAAUACUAGAAAUAAAAAAAAACCAUUUGAUAUAAAUCAAGAACGCAAUAUAUUCUCUGUUUUAUCAGCAUUAACUAACUACAAUCUUAGUUCCUUUUUUUCCAAAACAAAUUGUGCAAAUAAUUUUUACGAAUUCUCUAAAAGAAAUUUUAAAAAUUCUAACUUUUUGGAUUUAUCAAAUUUACAAGAUUUUAUUAAUAAUAUAAAUGAAAAUAAUGAUAGGAAAUGGAUAAAUAGUGAUGGAAAUAUUAUUGCUUUUUUAAAAAGUUCUAAUUUAUUUUUAUCAUUAAGAGAUUCUGAAACAAAUAAGAUGAGUAAGCCAUAUUAUGUAUCAUUAGAUAAAUUACCUGAAUUGUAUAAAUCUUUAAAAUUAAUUCAUGUGUCCUUUUUUUCUAUUGAAAGUUAUUUUCCUUUUUUGAAUGUAAUAAAUCAAAAAAAUCCAGAGAAUAAUUUACAUAAAAAAUUAAUAUUUUUACUUUUAACAUAUGAAGAUGGUUUACUAGCUCUUAUAGCGGUUUACGAUGAUAGUGAUAAUUUAUAUUCAUAUUUCUUAAAUAAAUUUAAAUCAUUUUUUACCAAUACUCAUUAUUUUUUCUUGCAAAUGUUCAUUUACUUUUUUUUAUAUAUCUUAGAGAUAUUAAGAUUCCAUUUAUCAGAAAAUGGAGGAAACCAAUUUGCUCAAAUAUACUUUGCCUUUCUUAUGUUAAUAGAUACAAUUUUAUAUCCUAUUUUUUUUUUUCUAUAUUAUAUUUUUAAUUUUGUAAGGAAAAUAUUUUGUAAUCGUAUUAAUAAUACCAAUGUUAUUAAUAAUAUAGAUAACGAUAAUAUUCAAACACCAAUUAAUAGAUAA